AUGAUCCAUUACGCGCAAAUACACUGCGGAAAGGAGGUACGAAUCCACCUCUUCUUCUCCCAUCUAUCUAUCUAUCUAUCUAUCUAUCUAUCUAUCUAUCUCAGUCUGUGCAUAUCUAUCUAUCUCAGUCUGUGCAUAUCUAUCUAUCUAUCUAUCUAUCUAUCUCAGUCUAUUAAUAUCUAUUUCAGUUUGUGCAUAUCUAUCUAUCUAUCUGUCUAUCUAUCUAUCUAUCUAUCUAUCUAUCUAUCUAUCUGUCUGUUUGUCUCUCUGUCUGUCUGUCUGUCUAUCUAUCUCAGUCUGUGCUUAUCUAUCUAUGUGUCUAUCUAUCUAUCUCACUGUUAUCUCUCUCAGUUUGUGCAUAUUUAUCUAUCUAUCUAUCUAGCUCAAUUUGUUAAUAUCCAUCCAUGUUCAUAUUUAUCUCAGUCUAUUCAUAUCUAUUUAUCUAUCUGUCUAUCUAUUUCAAUUUCUUCAUAUCUAUCUAUCUAUCUAUCUAUCUAUCUAUAUAUCUAUCUAUCUAUCUAUCUAUCUAUCUAUCUCAGUCUGUUCAUAUCUAUCUAUCUAUCUAUCUAUCUAUCUAUCUAUCUGUGUCUUUUGUGUAUAUCUAUCUAUCUAUCUAUCUUUCUGUCUGUCUGUCUGUCUAUCUAUCUCAGUUUGUGCAUAUCUAUCUAUCUAUCUAUCUAUGUGCAUAUCUAUCUAUCUAUCUCACUGUUAAUAUCUCUCAGUUUGUUUAUAUCUAUCUAUCUAUCUAUCUCAUCUAUUCAUAUCUAUCUAUCUAUCUGUCUGUCUGUUUCAAUCUCUUCAUAUAUAUAUAUAUAUAUCUAUUUCAGUCCUUUCAUAUCUAUCUAUCCAUCUAUCUAUCUCAGUCUGUGCAUAUCUAUCAAUCUCAUCUAUUCAUAUCUAUCUGUCUGUCUAUCUAUCUCAGUCUGUUCAUUAUCUAUCUAUCUAUCUAUCUAUCUAUCUAUCUAUCUAUCUAUCUAUCUCUGUCUGUGCAUAUCUAUCUAUCUAUCUAUCUAUCUAUCUAUCUAUCUAUCUCCGUUUUACCCUUCCCAUUCUUAUUCUCUUUCUUCACUUCUAUAUUCCUUCCUUUCUUUCUUCUUUCUUUCUUUCUUCCUUCCUUCCUUCCUUUCUUUCAUUUUUCUCUGA